CUGCUCUCCUUCCCCCAGGCUCCGGACCCUGGUUGAAGAAUCUGCUCCCCAUAUUAACCCUUUGCUUGUCUGCUGCACCUUCGGCCUGGUGCCUCAAGGCGCGUUUCAGGCAGCGUUGAAUUUUGUCCCUCUGAGAGGAUGUCGGAGGAACUGCCCUUGCACAUCAACAUCCGGGAGCCGCGAUGGGACCAGAGCACUUUCCAGGGGCGAGCUAAGCACUUCUUCAUGGUGACUGACCCCCGCAACCUCCUGCUGUCUGCGGCGACGCUGGAAGACGCCCGGAGAGUGGUUGAGAAUUACAGGUCGGGGACGGUAUCACCGGACCUGACGGAGGACCAGCUCUGGCGGGCAAAAUACAUCUACGACUCGGCCUUCCACCCCGACACCGGGGAGAAGAUGAUCCUGAUCGGGCGCAUGUCGGCCCAGGUGCCCAUGAACAUGACCAUCACCGGCUGCAUGCUCACCUUCUACAGGACGACCCCCGCGGUGUUAUUCUGGCAGUGGGUGAACCAGUCGUUCAACGCGAUUGUGAACUACACUAACCGGAGCGGAGACGCCCCCAUCACGGUCGGCCAGCUGGGUACAGCCUACGUCAGCGCCACCACUGGGGCGGUCGUGACGGCGCUGGGACUCAAAUCUCUCACCAAGCAUUUACCAUCGAUUAUUGGCCGCUACGUGCCUUUUGCUGCCGUGGCAGCUGCUAACUGCAUCAACAUUCCUUUAAUGCGGCAGAGGGAGCUGAAGUUUGGGAUCCCCAUCACAGAUGAGGCUGGGAACCGGCUGGGGGAGUCGAGGGCAGCGGCCCAGCAAGCCAUCGCUCAGGUGGUGGUGUCUCGGAUCGGCAUGGCUGCCCCUGCCAUGGCCAUCCCUCCUGUGAUCAUGAACGCCCUGGAGAAGAGAGCCUUCCUGAAGCGAUACCCCUGGCUGAACGCUCCCUUGCAGGUCGGGCUGGUGGGGUUCUGCUUGGUGUUUGCGACCCCGCUGUGCUGCGCGCUCUUCCCACAGAAAAGCUCGAUGCGAGUGAGUCGCCUGGAGCCUGAAGUCCAAGCUCUGGUCCGGGAGAAGAACCCUCAGAUGGAGAUUGUCUACUUCAACAAAGGGCUUUAAGCCAGGCUCUGCUCCACCCCCCCAGCUGCGAAGGGAAGAGAUCAGGGAACGGAUCGGACCCCAGGUGUCCGGGGAGAAUGUUAAAUGUAGUACUAGAAUAACGCCUUUGAGCUGCUGCUUUA